AGGUUCAUUGCGCCCAUCAUUACGUCCUCUGAGUUUAUCUUUUGGCAAUACCAGCCCUGGCCUGUAAAAGCAUCAUGUUCUCUCCACGCCCCAUCAAUGUAGCAAACUCGAGAGGACCCCAAUGUCUGCCAACUCCCAUCUGUCGGUGGAAACCCCUGAUUCUCUUGUACCAAGAGUUGGGCUUCAGCCCAAAGUGAUCCUUCAACAUCCGCUCUGCGCAAAAUUUCUUGAGGACUUACAGUCCUAUUAUUAUGAAUUUUGUCAUUCCUAUUUUUCCAUAUAUACCACAUAAUCCAUGGAAAAUACUCUGAAUCAACAUCCGUUGGAAGUCUCCAAAAAAGAUGAUCCAGACUAGUAAAAACGGAGGAAGAUGGAAAGAUUCCGGGAGGGGAAGGGAUUCGAGAUAAAGCCCAUGUUUGAAGUGCUGGUGGACAUUCAAAAAUAACGUGAUAGAUGGAUUCCUCUUCUGCCCCACAAAUACCACACCGGAGAUCACACUCUGCUAAUUGAAAAUUGUUCAUACAAGUUCUUUUAAGUUCAUCAACAAUUAAGAAGGCCUUCAAAAGUAAAAAUAAAGAAAUUUCAGAAGUGAAACAUUUAUGUGAUAAAAAAAACAUUCAUGCUUAUAUUGGCUAGGUGAUCGUCGAUUCAAAUCAAAACUAUUUUUAUCAUCUAGUUGGUCAUUAAAAUUUUAUGCCUCUAAAGAAACAGUAUUCCUAAUAAAACUUUUUUUUAGCAUCGGUUGAUAAAAUAAUGACCAGUAUAGUAUUAGUACCAUGACUUUGAUUCUUAUAUUUUGUAAUCUCGACGAUUAACGCGGUCAGAUGAGCUAUAUUUAAGAAGACGUCAUUCGCUUCUCCAAUCAAUUAAUUGCAGACCAAAAAGACAAAAAAAAAUGACGAUGUCAUCCUCAAAUCGCAACGAUAAAGCACAAGUGUUCAUCAAUUUCCGAGGAGCAGACCUGCGUAGCCACUUUGCCCCCUAUCUCCAUGACGUCUUGCACAAAAAUGGGAUCAAUGCUUUUAUAGACGAUAAAUUGGAAGUAGGUGAUGAUCUUACGGAUCUUUUUGAAAAGAUUGAGGAGUCCACGGUGGCGGUGGCGAUCAUAUCGAGCAGGUACACGGAGUCAGAUUGGUGUUUGAACGAGCUGGUGAAGAUAAAAGAGUGUGUGGAUCGACGCACUCUCCGGGUUAUUCCAGUAUUCUAUAAGUUAGAGAUAUCCAUUGUGAAGAAACUGAAGGGCAGUUUUGGUCUUCAGCUAUGGAAGCUGUGGAGAAAAGAAAAUCAUUGUAAUCGAGACGACCGAAUCCUUAAGUGGGAUGCAGCUUUGCAGGACGUUAGCGGCAAGAAAGCGAUGCGAUAUUUAGAAAACAGUAACGAAGCGGAUUUCGCGGAUAAGAUGGCAAAACAUAUUCAGGAUUACCUAAACAAAGAUAAACCGCCGAGAGAAGAAAAUCCUAAACCCCAAGGAAAAAGAGAAGAAAACGUUAAGCCCCAAGGAAAGGGAGGAGACAACCCUAAUCCUGAGGAAGGCUCUAACAUGGCAUCAAGCAGUAUCAAACCAGGAAAACAAUGCCUGAAGUAAUUGGAGGAAAAGCUUGAUGUCGACUGCAAUGACGACGAAACUCGUUUUGUUGGAGUUGUUGGUAUGGCUUGAAUUGGCAAAACUUAUAUGGCCGAGUGAUCUCUAUAGCUUGAAUCCUUGUAAUUCCUAUUACAUGUAUACAACAACAAUUUUAUUAUUUAAUGUCACAUCCACAGAGACUAAAGUUGCAAUAUACUUUUAUAAGAAUGUAA